CCCCAUUUCGUACCCAAGGAACAGGAGUCCAGGACUCAGGGAGUGUAGCCGUGUAGGCCUCAUCACUCGGAAGUUGGAACCCUCCUCUCCUCUCCUCUCCUCACCUCCCGCGGAUUCAUCUCCCUUUCUCGGCCGUGCUUCGCCUGCUAAAUUGCCGCCGUGCGUCCAAACCUUCAACCUUUUGCUGCUUCAGUUUAAGGCACUCCUUUUUCACCGAUGAGUCCUUUAGCAACUCGAAAAUCUCCGACAGGCCGCCAUUCAUCCAGGCGCUCGGUCUCCCCGGAGAGGGGUCAAGGUGAACCUCGCAGACGAGGAAGAUCGCCUGUUGUGAGCUCUCCCCGCAAUAGGAGUCCAUCUCGUAGAGAAAGAUCUCCAGUUCGCCACAAAAGUUCUAACAGGGACAAGGGUGGUUCUCCUCCAGUGAGGGAGAGGCAUUCAGGCCGAGUUAAGUCACCUAAACGAGACAGAUCGAGCUCUCCUGUCUUGAGGUCUCCGUCACCUAGGACUAAGCGUUUAAGGAAAGUUCAGGCUGAAAGGGGUGCUGAGAAAAGUUCUGAGAGGGAACAUGAGAGAAAUGCUGGUAAGGGAAGUGAUAAACAUGAGAGGAAUCAUAAGGAAAGGGAUGUUGAAAGGGAAGUUCCCAAGGACAGGGAUAGAAGAGAGCGGAACUCUGAAAGAGAAGGAGAAAGAGAAAAAGAAAGGGAAAGAAAUAGAGAAAAAGGCAAAGAUAGAGAUGGCACAGAUGUUGGAUCCUCUAGAACAAGACACCGGCGAUCUCAGUCACCAUCUGAUCAUCAUCGCCGCCACGGUCGGCAUCAGUCACGAUCACCUCCACCGGCCUCUCGACCUGGAGCUCGCAAUGAGGAUGAAGAAUCAAGAGGAGCUGAACACCGCGAAGAUGCCAUUGAUUCACUAUCCAUAAUGGAGGCAACUGAACAGGCAUUGGAAACAAAGGAAAAGCAAAAACCUUCAUUUGAGCUAUCUGGAAAGCUUGCUGCAGAAACCAAUCGAGUAAGGGGUAUUACUCUACUUUUCACCGAACCUCCUGACGCUCAGAAACCUAAUGUAAGGUGGCGCUUGUAUGUUUUCAAGGGUGGCGAAGUUUUAAAUGAGCCACUCUACGUGCAUCGUCAGAGUUGUUACCUUUUUGGAAGAGAAAGAAGGGUAGCUGAUGUCCCUACAGAUCAUCCUUCUUGUAGCAAACAACAUGCAGUUCUUCAAUUUAGGCAAGUUGAAAAAGAGCAACCAGAUGGCAUGAUGUCAAAGGCAGUAAGGCCAUACUUGAUGGACCUUGGAAGCACGAAUAAGACCUUCAUUAAUGACAAUCCUAUUGAACCACAACGUUAUUAUGAGCUCUUGGAGAAGGAUACAAUAAAAUUUGGUAAUAGCAGUCGAGAAUAUGUGCUGCUGCAUGAAAACUCCAAUACCUAAUCGACCUCAGCUACCAGACUCAUAGUUGUUGUUGAUGGCUCGAGAAUAUGCACAAGGAUUCUUGCUUGCAGGAUCUUCUUCCUGCGAAUGUGUUGCAAGUUGAAGGUUUGCUCAUGUUGCUGAUCUCUUAAACUUGGACGAUCUCGAAGUUAACUUAUUACCUUAGUCUAUUGUAUGCGAGGGGGUUAGUCCUGUUUCUGUAUUUUCGUGUGGUGGUUACAAGUCCUGUAAAUUCUAGCCUGCUAUUACAUUUCAAUGAUUGAAGUAGCUGUUUGUACUACUGUAUUUCUUCUUAUGAUUGAAUUCCAUGAAAUGUGAUAUUGAAUUCCAUGAAAUGUGAUAAUUACACCGUUCAAUCUAAGAAUAGAUCUUUCAUUAUUACAA